GUCGCUGCUGUUCGCGAGGCCAUCGAGGAGGGCAUCUUGCCAAAAAUGAUUCAGACCGGCUCUUCGGGAUCUUACUUCGCCAGAAGCAAGGAUGGCAUGUACAAGGGUGUGUUCAAGCCAAGCGAUGAAGAGCCAUAUGGCAAUUUGAAUCCCAAGCGAGCCUUCCUCAGACGCUACUUCUGGUGGGCAAUGGGUAGGCCUUGCCUCCUCGCGGGUUUCAGUGCCAUGUCAGAAGCAGGCGCGUCCCUCCUUGACGACCGGCUUGCCUUGGGCAUGGUACCGAAGACGAAGCUGGUCAAGCUCAGUAGUCCUAGCUUCCACUACCAUUACAAGGACAGAAUGGCUUUCGAGCACCAUGGGCAGAAGCUUCCGGACAAGAUCGGCUCAUUCCAGUCUUUUCUGCAGGGCUAUGUUAUGGCAUCGUCCUUUCUUCGGCAACAUCCACUCCCUAGUAGACCUCGCUCUGGAUCUAGCAGCGGAACAACGAGCUCAUCGAAAGACACGCAAGCUGUACAAGGCUCGGCUACGGAAGUAACAGAGGAAGAGAUCGCGCAAGCAGAAGAGGGAGCUCUGGAGGAAGAUGAUUUCCUCUGGACUCCUGAGUCGCUCAUGGCCUUCAGACUGGAGUUGGAGAAGCUCGUCGUCUUUGAUUAUCUAUGUCGCAAUACUGACCGAGGUCUGGACAACUUCAUGAUUUAUCACGCCCGCGGUGCCGGAUCGAAUGAUAUCAGACUGGGCGCGAUCGACAACUCGCUCGCCUGGCCCAUCAAACACCCGGACGGCAUUCGCGACUAUCCGUAUGGCUGGCUUUACCUACCUUCGGAUCUCAUCGGGGGGCCAUUCUCCCAGGCCACGAAAGAUAUUUUCCUUCCCCUGCUAUCGUCUCCAAAGUGGUGGUAUGAGACAGAACAGGCUCUUCUUGAUCUAUUCAGGCAAGACGAACACUUCAGCAUCAAGCUCUUCGAGAGUCAAAUGGCAAUCUUCAAGGGUCAGGGCUGGAACAUCUUGCAGUGCCUCCGUCAGGACGACGAGGGUCCCAUCGAGCUCUGCGCUCGGCCGAAGAAGGUGGUGCGCAGGUCUGAGCAGAUCAUU